CAGUUUGGGAGCGCCGGCCCGGCAACAGAUGGCGGCGGUGGCUGGUAGGACAUCCAGCACAAAUCUGACCGGGUGUAGGCACCGAUGUCCGGACCAGCGAACAGAGUCAGUCGUCUGAAGAAGAACCAGGAGACGACUUCCAUAUUCUGACCUCAUUGAGGAUUUCUUGACUUGACACUCUUGGAUUUUUCCUCCUUUUUUAUUUAUUUUUUUUUUUUUACCUUCGUUCUCUGCUGGAGGCCGCAGAAGCCUCGGGCUAGAUUUGGCGAUACGCCCGACCGGGUGCGAGAAGGCAUCUGAGGAAUUUUUCUUUUAGGGAAAGUGUCAUAAAAUGUAUUUGCCAGGUUUUUACGUGUCGGAGUCGUAACACAUGUGUCGUAUAGAGUCGGCUGUGUUUACCCGACGGACAAAGGCGAAAUUAAUGUUGAGCAGAAGAAAGUUAAGUAGUUAGCUAGUUAGCUAGCUUCCAUGCUAGUUAGCCACACAGCGGCGAAACUCUUGGGUGUUGAAUGAAUGAAUGAAUGAAUUGUCGACAGCCCGCAUCUUACUAUAGCAGCUGAUCGUUGUCGUUACACGAAGACGUCGAAAGAUACAUCGUCCAUUAGACGACGGUAAUUGUGCCACAACGGGGCGAGCCGAGCACCACAUACCCACAGAUGGACAGGAAUGCGAGUCCUGGGAGUCGGACGGCGGUGGUUCAUUAGCGCACAGAGAGAUAGUGUAGUGUCGGCACAGACUCGUCGCCCUGUAAUGUGUCUGAGGCCGGGCGAGGCUUACUGCAGCUAGCCGUCGAAACUAUUUGCACCACUCGGACUCGGCUGCGAAACAAGCGAGAAGCGCACAGCCCGGGUCCGGGCCAUGGGGAACACGGUGUCGUGCUGCGUCUCCCCCGAGUCGAGCCCCAAGCUGCCGUCGAGGCAGCCGGCGGAGCGACUGGAGGAGAUCCAGACCAGCACCGAGGUGAGCGACGACAACACCGUGCCCUACCUGCAGCACAUCAGCGACAGAGAGGUGCCCGACGAGCUGGCACUGGAGUCCAACCCUUCAGACCACGCCCGAGCGAGCACCAUCUUCCUCAGCAAGUCUCAGACAGACGUUCGAGACAAGAGGAAAAGCAACCACAUAAAUCACAUCAGUCAUGUAUCUCCUGGUCCACUGUCAAAGAAAUACAGCUCCUGUUCCACAAUCUUCAUAGACGACAGCACCGUCAGCCAGCCAAACCUCAAAAGCACAAUCAAAUGUGUCACAUUAGCAAUAUACUACCACAUCAAAAACAGGGACUCAGACAAGUCACUGGACAUCUUUGAUGAGAAGUUGCACCCUUUAUCAAGAGAGCCAGUGCCAGACGACUACUCCCACGUCGACCCAGAACACAAACUGAUCUACCGCUUUGUCCGGACGCUCUUCAGUGCUGCACAGCUCACAGCAGAAUGUGCCAUCGUCACUCUCGUGUACUUGGAACGCCUGCUGACCUACGCCGAGCUGGAUAUCUGCCCCGCCAACUGGAAGCGCAUCGUCCUGGGAGCAAUCUUGUUGGCCUCCAAAGUCUGGGAUGACCAGGCUGUGUGGAACGUCGACUACUGCCAGAUCCUGAAAGACAUCACGGUGGAGGACAUGAACGAGAUGGAGCGUCAGUUCCUGGAACUUCUCCAGUUCAACAUCAACGUGCCGGCCAGUGUCUACGCCAAGUACUACUUUGAUCUGCGGCAGCUGGCCGACGACAACAACCUCAGCUUCCCCCUGGAGCCUCUCAACAACCAGCGUGCCCAGAAGCUAGAGGCCAUUUCAAGACUAUGUGAAGACAAGUAUAAGGACCUGAGCCGUUCCGCAAUGAGACGAUCCUGCAGCGCAGACAACCUGAUAGGUAUACGACGCUCCAAUGCUGUGCUGUCAUAGGCCACACUACCGCCGCCAUUUGCCCCUCUUGAUUCCCCAAAGCCCACUUCACCCCGACACAAACACGGCCGCCUCACAGGGUUCGACACAGCCGCACCAGGCAGUAAUCAGGCUAGAAAUGUUACUGUGUGACUCGCCCCUGGACAGUUGUUCUCAUCACAGCCGUAGAGCUGCAUGAUUGUGAAAUCUAAAACUUCCCACACAGCUGUUGUUGUUUUGUUUUUUUUUACAAAUCCCUAAUUUAUUUCUUGAUGGCCCCUCAUGUCCAUGACACAGUGUGGUAGGAAUGACUCUGGUGCAGUCGAUCACUAAGGAGUAGUCUUGGGAUUGUCAGAAAAACAAUUUCAAAUAUUGUCCAAGGUAGCCUUAAAGGGGCAGUAAGUGAUCUUGAUCCAAUCCACCACAAAACACUGUGUGCAGUUUGUAAAAAUCACUCCUGACACGUUAAGAGACGUGCUA